AUGAGUACCACCAACAGCCGAACGAUGAAACUCCCUCUCGUUCCCCUGGCGAAAGGGACUCUCCUCUUACCCGGAACGAGUCUGAGAAUCCCUCUCGCGGACCGUCCUGAUAUCCCUAUCCUCUUAACAUCCAUAUUCAGCCGGUCCUCCCAGAGAUACGGCAACGCCCCUGUUGUUAUCGGCUGCGUACCUCUCGGCUCACCGCUGCUCUCAAAGGACGGUCAACGCUUGCUCAACAAUGGAGACGAGGAGAGCAAAAAUGGUCAAGCUAAUGUCAAAAUCGACCCAGCACGCGCCUCCAAAGCGGAUUUAUUUGCACAUGGAACGGUUGCCAAAGUGAUCGGCGUCCAAGGUCGACCGAAUUCAGAGCCAUACAUGCUUGUAGAAGGAGCAAAGAGAUUCACUAUUCGGAAAAUUACCAAGGAAAAACCACAUUUCGAGGCGGAAAUCACCGUUUACGAUGAGCCAGUGCCCCAUUCUAUCGACGAUGAGAUUCCUGAACUAUUCGACCAGCUUAAGCAGUUAUCGCGUGAAUUUCUCGCACUGUUACGAUUGGCAUCUAUGUUCUCCUCGAAAUCGGGGCAUGUCACCGCUCGUUGCGAGGAGGCUGGUAGCCUUGCCGACUUCAUGGCAGAAAUAGCAGAUGGUAGCUUUGAGGAGAAACUGCGUAUCUUGGCAUCUUUGGACCUGAAAGUUCGACUGGAACGGGUAAUUGACUUGUUGGUCAAACAAGUUCAAUCCAUUAAAAACGUCAUAAAAGUGACUACAAUCUCUACAAGUCUUCCAUCGAAUUUCGGGAUUGAUAUAAACACGUUGGAUCCUCGGCAAAGAGAAAUGUUUGCGAGACGACCUGCCGGUGCGGCUCUCCCGUACCCUCCAUUCGGAAAAGGGGAAGGUGAAGGAGAGAAGGAGAAUAACGAAAUUGACGAGCUUCAACAGCGGCUCCAAGAGGCGCAAUUAAGCCCUGAAGCUCAAAAGGUCGCCGACCGAGAACUCAAACGGUUACGGCAAAUGAACCCGAUAAAUGCAGAGUACGGCGUCUGCCGUACUUACUUGGAGAAUCUGGCUGAAAUCCCGUGGACAAAAGUAACAGAAGAUCAACUAGGAGUUGAAACGUUGAAACGAGCACGGAAGCAACUAGAUGACGAUCACUAUGGGCUUGAGAAAAUAAAAAAGCGACUGCUAGAGUCCCUUGCGGUUCUCAAGCUUAAACAAUCAUUGAACAGCGAGGUUCAUAGUGAGAUAUCUAAGCUAUCUAGCGAUCUUACUGCUACGGAAAGCAGAUUGGAUGAUGUGGAAACCGCACCUGAUGCCGAGCGAGACAACAUCGAAACGAAGUUACAAGUACUUAAAUCCAAGCGAAAGACCGACAAAUCCCCAAUCCUUCUCUUGGUUGGACCCCCUGGUACCGGAAAAACUAGUCUUGCAAAGUCCGUUGCGACUUCGUUAGGACGGAGAUUUCACCGUAUCUCACUUGGGAGGACAUAUGUUGCCGCCAUGCCGGGUCUCAUCGUGAAUGGCCUUAAAAAGGUUGGCGUUGCUAACCCGGUAUUCCUGCUCGACGAAAUCGACAAAGUGGGCGGUGCGAACUUCCAUGGUGAUCCUUCAGCUGCGAUGCUUGAAGUAUUGGACCCUGAACAGAACCACAGCUUUUCUGAUCAUUAUAUCAACAUUCCUAUUGAUUUGAGCAAGGUUUUGUUUAUUGCGACAGCUAAUUCUUUGGAUACGAUCCCUGCACCACUCCUCGACCGUAUGGAAACGAUACAACUGUCGGGUUAUACGACCAUCGAGAAACGGCAUAUCGCGAGGAGACAUCUCGUCCCGAAACAAGUCAGAACUAACGGGCUUUCCGAUGGACAAGUUGAAUUGAGCGAUGAAGUUCUUGACAAAAUAAUCACAUCUUACACCCGCGAGGCUGGAGUCCGCAAUCUGGAACGGGAGAUUGGUUCCGUCUGUCGCUUCAAAGCGGUUCAGUACGCAGAUGCCAAAGACGAUGAAAAGGCUGGCACAUAUAACCCAAAGGUCACAAUUGAAGACCUUGACGAAAUCCUUGGUAUUGAAAAGUUCGAUGAAGAAAUUGCGGAAAAACAUGCACGACCUGGGAUUGUUACUGGCCUCGUAGCUUACUCUAGUGGCGGCCAGGGAAGUAUUCUUUUCAUCGAGGUCGCCGAUAUGCCGGGGAAUGGAAGUGUUCAACUGACCGGAAAGCUUGGAGAUGUAUUGAAAGAAUCAGUUGAAGUUGCUUUGACUUGGGUUAAAGCACAUUCAUACGAAUUGGCCCUCACCCAAGAUCCCAAUGAAGACAUCAUGAAACACCGCAGUCUGCACGUCCAUUGCCCAUCCGGGGCCAUUCCAAAGGACGGGCCCUCUGCAGGCCUGGCACAUACUAUUGCUUUGGUUUCGCUCUUUUCAGGUAAAACAGUGCCACCGGAGAUCGCCAUGACCGGUGAAAUCUCCCUUCGUGGACGUGUGAUGCCUGUUGGUGGCAUCAAAGAGAAACUCAUUGGCGCCCAUAGGGCUGGGGUGAAGACUGUCCUUUUGCCAGAUCAUAACCGGAAAGAUGUUCGAGAUGUUCCUGUGGAGGUGCAGAGCGAGCUAGAAAUCGUUUAUGUCAAGCAUAUUUGGGAAGCUAUUCGGCACAUCUGGCCCCAUGGCCACUGGCCUGGGGAGCAUCGCCAUCCGCUAUUUGAAAGCAGAUUGUAA